UCUCGGAUACAUACUUGUGAGCUCUAACUGUUGAGGUUCGUAGGAAACGUACGAAUUUCUUCCGAUGAAAGAUACACUUUAAACAAGCAAUAUAUCUGUGUUUUUUUAACAAUCUGGGCCAUUACCUACAGUAUUAGGAGAGUAACAUUUGUUAGCUAACUGACGCCGGAAAGAACAUUAUCAGUUGCAUCGCUAUUCAAUAAAGAUGACUGCAGGCUCCAUAUUUGUGCCACAAAUCAUACCAAUUCGGGUACCUCCUCCUGGGAAAGCAAAGCAUCAGAUCGACACAACAACUCCCAUCGAGAUCAAGUCUGAUACCCAGAACGUCACCGUUUACUACACUUUGGAUGGCAGUAAACCGGAGGUUGUGAAAAGACCUGGAUUUGGAGAAAACAGCACUUUGAUGUACAGUGGACCCAUACAUUUGCCUGAGGGAAAAGUGUCUGUAAAAGCACUUGCUGUUGCUAGGGAUGGCAGACAGAGUGCUGUUGUCACCAAGCUCUUUCUGGUAGACUAUUUACCUUCAGACAAGCCAGAGUCCACUGAGGACAAUGAGGACAACUUUGUGAAAGAAUAUGCUCGAGAUAUCUCCAAACAGGAAUCCGAUGAAGGAUGUUCCCCUUUUCCGAAUUUGACCAGCACAGUAGACAGUGCCAUAGAAAACGCAUCAAAGAGGUAUCAAGCAUUGAAAAUUGAGGGCAGUGACUCUCACAGGUCACCAAAGGGCCCACGUUUCAUCAGCAGUCGCCUGGGACCCCCAUCACCUGGACCUGAGCUGACCUCACACCGCACACAGGACCAGAUCACAGCUGAGGGGGAUGGUCCUCGGAAAAGCUUGUCAACCACCCAGAUUUCAAGAAUACAAAGAGAAACAGACUUCUUGAGGUGUGCCCAGUGCUUGUCCCCACGGCCCUCAGACCCCUUUGCCCGUUUCUGUCUUCAGUGUGGUGCUCCAGUGCCCCCCAUCCCAGGACAGAGGUUACCACCCACAGAAGGGGGACAGAUGGGGGUGUGCAUCCAUUGCAAAACCAUGGUUCCUGUGAACACUCCGACCUGUGUGGUCUGUGAGGCUCCAGUGGCCCCUCAGCUCCAGCCUCAGGCUAGUUUGAGACUGAAGGUGAUCUGUCCAUCAUGUGGGACAGGGAACCCUGUGAACAUCACUUACUGCGUCACCUGUGAGACCAGACUGCCAGAACCAGCCACUGUGGUGCUGGGAGGACAGAGUGCCCCCCCUCUGCCCAAUACGAAUGGCAAAAUGGUCUCCUGCUCCAAGUGCAACAGGGUCAAUACCUCAGAUGCCCGAUUUUGUGACUGGUGUGGUGCCAAGCCAGAUCCUGCAGCUAGAUAUUUGACUUGUUCCUGUUGCGGGGCAUGCAGUCACCCCUAUGCAAACUUCUGCUCCUCGUGCGGUGUAUUCCUAGAGGGACCACCAAGGCUAAACUCCCACACCAGCACAGUCCAUUCAGCAUGGGACGCUCCAGAGCUGGACCACUUGCCCAGCUUUCGCUCAGAUAGCGCCACCUGGCUUCCCGUGCCCCCCUCCCUGCCCCCUGGUGUGGCGGCAGUGCUGGCUUCAAACCGUGUGGAUCAGCAGACUCAGACGGCGGGGUUGUUCUACCCCUCAGGCACGGAGCUGCAGAAGAAAGGGGAGCAGGCGGUGCUGGAGAUGUCCAGACAGGAGCAGAUGAGAGACCGCAAGCCUUUGCUUACAGCCAUCAGCCCAGGCAGAGGUUACUGGAGGAAACAGCUGGACCACAUCUGUGCACAUUUGCGCAGCUACGCUCAAAACAACACCGAGUUUAGAGCACUGAUUGGAGAGCCACGCAUGGGCAAGAUGAUUUCAGCAAUUGUACAGGAAGACAACUACGAAGUUAGUCUGAGGAUUAACUUUGUAUCAGCAGGAUCGGAAAGAUCAAGGGAAACACGGAUGGGGAAGCCCCUUGGACUGUCUAAGAACCAGCUUCUGAGCAGCGUAACAGAGGGCAGAAAUGGCCUGUCAGGCAGUCAGACCAGCCUGGUGAGUGAGAACAGUGUGGUGUCCACUGGAACCUUCAGGAAAAGCAGGAAGUCCCGGGCAAACAGGGUUUGUGAGGAUGAAGAGAAACUGCCACCAUCCAAAGACAAACAGCUUCUGAAGGAGGUGGGGCCUGAAGGGAAGGGACAGAUCUCAGUGGUGCAGCAGCUGCUGGAUGAAGGUGCAGAUCCCUCCUGUCAGGACAGUGAUGGCCGCCCAGCUCUCACAGUGGCAGUAAUGAACUUGCACCAUGAGGUCAUCCCCCUGUUGGUGCACAAAGGAGCUGACAUUGACCAGCAGUCAGGACCGGUGAAUAACACAGCCCUCCAUGAGGCGGCGACAUGUGGGACUCAGGCUCUCCAGUGUGCUGAGACACUGCUGGGCUGUAAUGCCAGCAUCAGGAGGAAGAAUGACAAAGGGUUGACGGUGUAUGAUCUGGCAGUCAAGUCUGGUUGUCGCCCUCUGAUUUCCUUAAUUGCUGCGAAGAUGGGGCAAGGCAUGCUGGACAAACUGUCCAGACCAAGAAAUAACAUCAGCCUGGAUGCAUUCUGAUAAGGGAGGGAUGCAGGCAGUCUUACCCUUGUUUCCAUCAUCUUGGUGUUGUUGAUAUAAAAGUCUGUAAGGACUUUGUUUUCAGAUCAAGUGCUUCCCCUCCAUUUACCAAGAUACUCAGAAGUGCAACCUUCACUAUACUAUAGUAUAGCUUAUUCCAGUGUUUCUCAACCCUCUCCUGGAGGACGC